AUCAACGCACGAUUCCGCUGCAAUGAGUGGCAAAAUAGCCUUGUUGUUGGUUAUUGGAGUCAAACUGACCACGGGAGCGUUCGGACCUAAAAUGGGACCGUAUGAGAUUGAAAUUUUAAAGAUGGAGCAAUGCGAAGACCCUGGAUCUGGUAAAAUAUAUUUCCCCAGCAGAAUAACUUUUGUUGGAAAAGGCAAAUACUUCUACAAUGAGACCUUCAAACUUGAAGUACCGGCUGACGAAAACACAAGGGCAGUCUUAGAACUGCAGAAGUGGGGAAACGGCGGAUGGCGGAAGAGGGCGGUUCAGUACACCGUCAAAAACUGUGAAGAUCUCUGGCGAAGAAUUGGAGAUCAGAUUCAUGAUGCAAUGAAGUAUACUAAUCUUACCCAGUUCAUCACUUGCCCCUUCCCUCCGGGGAGCUACGUAGUGAACAACUGGCCUGUAUCUUUAAACAUGACCGGAGUCAUACCAGUCAUGGAGUACGCGAAGUAUAGAUUGGUCGUGAAAUUUUACUAUAAAGAUGAAUACGUUGGUUGUAUGAUGUUUACAGUGAAUGCGGUACCCAAAGAUACACAAUAGGGUGUGAUAUUGUCAAAUUAUAGAUUAAAUUAAAAGUGGUUUGCUUUAA